CGCGGCCCCGCCCCCCGCCCGCCGGGGCUGCGGGGCUCGUGUUCGGCGGCGGGGACAGUCAAAGUGGCUCCCAUAGGGAGAGACGGCGAGUCCGCCCGGCGCUGCGGGACAGGGAGGGGGCACGGGGAGCCCCAGGGUCUCCCUCCGGCCGUCCGUCCGCGCCGCCGCCGCGGGUGCGCCCCUCUCGCUCCCUUCCCGGCGUGCGCCCGGCUCCGGCAACUCGCUUCCUGCGCGGCUGGAGGAGGGAGGAGAGAGGAGAGGAGCGGAGAGCGCUUCGGCUGGGAGAGGAGAGAAGAAAGAGGGAGAAAAGAAAGAAAGAAAAGAGAGAGGGGAGAAGGGGGGGGACUUGCCUCUCUUGUCACUGGAAAAUGACACUUGAUGUAGCAGAGCCUGCCGCAGCUCCCGUUCGUCCUAUUGUUUCUUAAACUGCCAUCUGAGAUUUUUUUUUUUUUUGCCUGCUGCCAUCCGAGGGGUGUCUUCAUACAAAAGGGACUUCAAGUACUCCUCCGGCUUGCGAGCGCUGCAACCAGCCCCCAGCACCCCGCCAGCCCCUCCAAGCACCCAAACAAACUGCACACGCAGCAAACAGCAGCAACAAAACCGGGCUCUGAUUGCCUCUGGAUUUUUUUUUUUUUUUUAAUGUGCGUGCCUGUGUUUGCUUUCUCCGACUUGCUUUGAUUCCAGCGAUCAGCUGCAGAGAGAGGAAAAAAAGAGAGAAAAGAAAGAAAAAACCCCACAUAUAACAGUCCGCCUGGCGAUUUUAUCACUUUUUAAAAAUUUUGAAUAAAGGAGGAAGAUUUGCGCUGUUGUUUCUGAUUCAUGUUUGGGAUUCAGGAAAGCAUCCAGCGGAGUGGGAGCAGCAUGAAGGAAGAGCCCCUCGGCGCGGGGAUGAACGCGGUGCGGACGUGGAUGCAGGGAGCCGGCGUCCUGGACGCCAGCACGGCCGCUCAGAGCGGAGUGGGUCUGGCCCGGGCUCACUUCGAGAAGCAGCCGCCUUCCAACCUGAGGAAGUCCAACUUUUUCCACUUCGUCCUGGCUCUGUACGACCGGCAGGGGCAGCCCGUGGAGAUCGAGCGCACCGCCUUCGUGGGCUUCGUGGAGAAGGAGAAGGAAGCCAACAGCGAAAAGACCAACAACGGGAUCCACUACCGCCUGCAGCUGCUCUACAGCAAUGGGAUCAGGACCGAGCAGGAUUUCUACGUGCGCCUCAUCGACUCCAUGACCAAGCAGGCAAUAGUAUAUGAAGGCCAAGACAAGAACCCAGAAAUGUGCCGAGUUCUGCUCACGCAUGAAAUAAUGUGCAGCCGCUGUUGUGACAAGAAAAGCUGUGGCAACAGAAAUGAGACUCCAUCAGAUCCAGUGAUAAUUGACAGGUUCUUCUUGAAAUUUUUCCUCAAAUGUAACCAAAAUUGCCUAAAAAAUGCAGGAAACCCUCGAGACAUGCGUCGAUUCCAGGUCGUGGUGUCUACAACAGUCAAUGUUGAUGGCCAUGUGCUGGCAGUGUCAGACAAUAUGUUUGUGCACAACAAUUCCAAGCACGGGCGGAGAGCUCGAAGACUCGAUCCCUCGGAAGGUACGCCUUCUUAUCUGGAACAUGCAGCUACACCAUGUAUCAAAGCCAUCAGUCCAAGUGAAGGAUGGACUACAGGAGGUGCCACUGUCAUCAUCAUAGGAGACAAUUUCUUUGAUGGGUUACAGGUCAUAUUCGGCACCAUGCUGGUUUGGAGUGAGCUGAUUACUCCACAUGCCAUCCGUGUACAGACGCCUCCCCGACAUAUCCCAGGGGUUGUAGAAGUCACAUUGUCCUACAAAUCUAAGCAGUUCUGCAAGGGAACGCCUGGAAGAUUCAUUUACACAGCUCUGAACGAACCCACCAUUGACUAUGGUUUCCAAAGGUUACAGAAGGUUAUCCCCCGGCACCCCGGUGACCCCGAACGCUUGCCAAAGGAAGUAAUACUUAAGAGGGCUGCUGAUUUAGUAGAAGCACUCUAUGGUAUGCCACAUAAUAACCAGGAGAUAAUCCUGAAAAGAGCUGCAGACAUCGCCGAAGCGCUCUACAGCGUCCCCCGCAACCACAACCAGCUCCCCGCCCUCGCCAACACCUCCGUCCACGCGGGAAUGAUGGGCGUGAACUCCUUCAGCGGCCAGCUCGCUGUCAACGUCUCCGAAGCCUCCCAAGCCACCAACCAGGGUUUCACUCGCAACUCCAGCAGUGUGUCACCUCAUGGCUACGUGCCAAGCACCACCCCGCAGCAGACAAACUACAACUCGGUCACAACAAGCAUGAAUGGCUAUGGGAAUGCUGGAAUGUCAAAUUUAGGCGGUUCUCCAACCUUCCUGAAUGGAUCUGCUGCCAAUUCUCCCUAUGCCAUUGUGCCAUCAAGUCCGACGAUGGCCUCCUCCACUAGCCUCCCCUCCAACUGUAGCAGCUCCUCUGGGAUUUUCUCCUUCUCACCAGCCAACAUGGUCUCAGCGGUGAAACAGAAGAGUGCGUUUGCGCCUGUCGUGAGACCCCAGACCUCCCCCCCUCCCACCUGCACCAGCACCAAUGGCAAUAGCCUGCAAGACCAGUCUUUUGUGGACUCUAGCAAGUACUCCACUGCAGAGUCUCUCCAGGGGCUGGCCUUCUCCUGAACUAUAUCUGGCAUGAUUGUUCCCCCCAUGUGAAAGAAUUGCCUUGAAGAAUUUUAUUAAUGAAGAGGUUGAAUUCUGCUUCAGAGAGAAUCUGAUACAAGUCCCAGAGUGGAACUUUUUACUCAGGCCUUUUUAAAAAUAAAAAAAAAGAAAUAGAGAAGGAUCUUACAAUAACUGCAGAUUUUUAAACAAAACAAAAAUCACCAUCCUUGCAAAUACUGAAAUUAACAAUCCACAAUUGCAAGGUGUUGAUUCAAGUUGUCCAUCCCAAAUACCUGGGAGAUAUAUUUAUUGUAUGUUGAUUAAAAAAUCCACUUUGUUUUUGUUGUUGUUGUUGGGGGGUGGGGGCUUGCUUUUAUUUCCUUCUGGUUUCUUGUGGGUUUUUUUUAAGGCUUGAUUUAACUCAACACCAUUUGUCUUUUAUAAAUCAUACAAUUACACAAGGGACACUAGAGAUGGAACUCCACAUUUUUAAUUUAUGAUUUAUUUUUUUUUUAAAGCUGUGUAAAGAAUAAAGUGGUGUCAUUUACAUACAAGCCUGUAUGGGACAGAAUAGAAGUGCCAGUUAGUUUUUCAUAGAAGAAUUAUGGCCAUUUAAUUAAGGGUCGGCUCAUAUAUGUUGCUUAUCCAGUGGUGACUUGCUGAUAUGAAGCAUUUUUAAUGUUCUGAUUAAACAGAUAUCACUCCCUAAAAAGCUGAUAUUUUUGGAUGAUGAGGGUGGGGUGAGGGGUGGGAUUAGUAACCUCUGUCUUUAAUAUCAGGCUGAAAAGUCAUGUAAAUAACACAACAGGAAAAGUUCAUCCCAGAACACCAGGCUGGAGGGGGACCUUAAGGUUCAACUUUUUUUGGCAAAAAGCUGGUGGAAGGGAAAGGAAGGCUGGAAAUAUCAGAAAUGUUUCCUCUGGAAGUGCAAACCCAGUGCCUGCAGAUGCAACCCAGACCUGCUGGAGGAGGUGAGCUCAGACCCCUCUCUGUUGGGGUGAAAUCUCAGAGCCUCCAAACGCUCCUUUCCCCAGGCGCAGCCUCACCUGGGCCCUGCCCCGUGGGUUUGGCACGGGGGGCACAGCCUGGGCCAUCCCUGGGGGGUGCCAGCGUGGCCCCCCUGCCCUGCUGGUCCUGCUGGGGCAGGGUGGGCUCAGCCUCAGGGGGGUUUCACCCUCCCCACCCCAAAUCUCUCCUGGCCCAGCUCCCACUGGCACCGUUCCUGUAUCAGUCGACCCUCCAGUUUGUACCACGCUCUAUCCAGGACAGGGAACUGCUUUUGAGUAGUGAAACAUGACUUUGGGGUGGGGCUUUCAAAUCAAGACCAUAGCUUCUGUUUUACCACGAAAAAUUUUGCUAUCAUUAUCUGGGAAGUGUUCUUAAAAAUUAUUAGUCAAAGAGGCAGCAAAGCUCUGAAGAUGCAUUACCUGAUAUUUUUUCUUUGCUGUUGUGUUUUGUAUGUAGUUAUAAAUACUGUAGAUUUUUUGUGAUUUUUUGCCAAAGUUGUUGUUCUAUUUAUACAUUUUAAUGUCUUAAGACAGUUUUUCAAUAUCACAAAAAAAAAAAAAAAAGAAUUUUACUGCAUAUUUUGCAAAAAGAGCUCACUACCUUUAGCUUGCACAUACUUGCAAAUUAAUUAAAGAAAAAAAAAGCUUUUUGUUUCUGUUUUUUGUUUGUUUGUUUUACGGGGGAUUUUGUAAAAUAUCCAUAUAAAUAAUGUAUUUAUCUUUGGAAUUUGUACAUUGCUUUUUGUCCCCUACAAGUUUAUUUUAUUGUGUAUGUUUGCUAUGUGGAAAGUGCUGAUUUGUUUGGUCAUUCACCGUUGUAUUAGCUGUUUAAAUGUGAUUUUAAUACAUUUCAUUUAUAGGGUUGUUUUUUUAGUAUUGUUUAAAACCAUGCUUCCAUUUUUUUUUUAAUUUCCACCCAAAAGCCAUUGUCUAUUUUUGUAUUAUUUGUAAGUUAAGAAGUUUUUUCCAAUAUAUGGCAAAAAGUAGCAUAUUAUUCUUGUAGCAUUUAGUUAUGUAGAUUUAAAAAAAAAAUGUAUCCUUUGCUUUUGAGGCUUAACAAAAACUAAUGCUGUUUUACUCUAUUAAUAUGCAUGGGAUUUCUCCUCUUUGGAGUGACGCAUUUUUGUGCAUUAAAUAUGGGGAGAAACUUCAUAGAACUCAAUGAAAAUACUUUCUUUCUUAAGUCUGCUUGUAUAUUUCUCUGUCUUUCACAUAAAUAUAAACCAGCAGAUUGGAUGCCUUAACAAUGCAAAUCAUAUUCAUUUCACUUGUACAUUGUACUGUGCACCAGAACUGUCAAUCAUCACUAACAUUCUAAGAAAAAAAAAAAAAGGAAUUGAAA